AUGACUGUUCAGUGCGCAGGUGCAGCAGGUUACCAUGGUAAUAGCCGGCUGGUCUCCCAGCAUGCAGCGGGGGCAGCAGAGCGCCCCCUCCUCAGAGACGGCAUCAGUUGGAAGUGCAGCAGGGUGGAGCAGCAGACGGACGGACACCAGCCAGGAGUCGGAGUUAUGAUGGAUGGAUCUUCGGCCCCCGUUAAAGGAGGUCCGGCCCCUGCAGACCAGAGCAUGUCUGGAGAUAAGGCGGCAAAGGGAACAACCGAAGAUGGCGUGAAGGCCUCCAAGACAGCAGGGGGAGCCAGAGCAGCUAAGAUCAUCUCAGCUAAGAGUACAGAGUCCGUGGACGGUGGAGGAAGUCCAGGAAGUCGCUCUCCCGCCAGCAGAUCCUCCACGCCAAACAGAGAUGUCAAGAAGGUGGCAGUGGUCAGAACCCCUCCCAGGUCGCCAGGCUCUGCUCGUGGACGCACACCCCCCCUACCCUCCCACCCAAUGCCUGACCUUAGCAACGUGAAGUCAAAGGUCGGAUCUACCGAGAAUCUCAGACACACACCUGGAGGGGGCAAGGUUCACAUUGUCAAUAAGAAGAUUGAUGUGAGUACCGUAACGUCAAAGUGUGGCUCCAAAGACAACAUCCGCCACAAACCAGGUGGAGGAAAAGUGGAGAUAAAGUCAGAGAAGGUGGAUAUUAAAGGAGUCCAGUCUAAAGUUGGAUCGUUGGAUAACGUCACUCACGUUCCGGGUGGAGGAAAGAAGAAGAUUGAGAGUCAGAAGUUGACCUUCAGAGAGAAUGCCAAGGCUCGUACCGACCACGGUGCUGACAUCAUUGUCCAACCUGACUCUUCCCCUCAUCGCCUUAGCAACACUUCCUCCCCUGGAAGCCUUAAUGCUGCUGAAGCUCCGCCUCUCAAUGACCUGGCCGACCAGGUGUCUGCCUCCCUCGCCAAGCAAGGCCUGUGAUUUGAUAACCCUGUACCUACAGACCCCGCCCCCUAAUGUUACCAAGGAAACACCCUGAUGGAAGAAAGAAAAAAAAACAUGAUUCUGCCUUUUUUAUCACAACCAUCAGCUGAUGUCACACCAACAAAUCAGAGGUUUUAUGAAGACAAAACGAUACUUCCUGAUCACAGCCAAUCAGAGCACAGCCAAUGAACGCUCACAGCCAAUCACAGCCCAUCCAAUUUUCUUCAAUAAACUACAGUGUUCAGACAACAGGUGAGCAGUGUUUGCACCAACAAAGAAGAAUACUGUCCACAUAUUUCAGAGUCAGUGUAGACAGUAUCGAUCUGCAUCCAGGAAAGAUGCUAGGCUAGUUACUUCUCCCUGCUUCUAGACUUAAAGUUAAGCUAGGAUAGGCUAGCUAUUUCUCCCUGCUUGUAGGCUUAAUGCUAAGCUAGGCUAGGCUAGUUGUUUCUCCAUGCUUCUAGGCUUAAUGUUAAGCAAAGCUAGGCUAGGCUAGUUAUUUCUCCCUGCUUGUAGGCUUAAUGCUAAACUGGUAAAUUAAGUGAGUAACUACUAGCCAUGCUAAUGAGGACUAAACUGGCCUCUCUAGUCAGACAAACCAAGUAAGUUUCAAUGUUUUCAAGGGACUUGACUUGAUUCCAGGUAAAGUAUAAAGGGUUGAGGGUCCUUCAGAAGAAUAAACUUUCCUUGAGGAGUAGCUUAGGAUCCCCAACAAGCUCUAGAAGGGUCUGACUGAUGUAAAUACUGCUCAACUUCCUGCUGACAACCAAUCACUUCAUGGAAAACAAGCCUGGUCUAACCAAUCAAGAAGCAGGCUUUCUCUAGGACUCACCGAGAGGCUUUGAAACUGUCUGGAGUUUAUUUCGGAAAAUCUGCUCUUUCACAUUUAAAACCUUUGAACAUGAUAAUCCUAAAAACAGAGGAAACCAGCGUCAACGAGCAGGUUAGCUUCAUAAAACCUCUCCAAGUAAAUCACUGUCACUCAACUGGAUUUCUAUGAUUAUGAAUGUCAUAUCUCACCAUCAUACCCAUCCCUAUCAAUAAUAUUUGUUUCAGCAAUGCCUAUUCCUAUCGUAAAUUUCAUUUGUGCUGGUGAUACCCAUCCUUAUCAUGAAAGGCUUUUUGUUCAGGUGAUACCCAUCCUUAUCAUGAAAGGCUUUUUGUUCAGGUGAUACCCAUCCUUAUCAUGAAAGGCUUUUUGUCCAGGUGAUACCCAUCCUUAUCAUGAAAGGCUUUUUGUCCAGGUGAUACCCAUCCCUAUCAUGAAUGAUGUUUGUCCAGGUGAUACCCAUCCCUAUCAUGAAUGGCUUUAUGUCCACGUGAUACCCAUCCCUAUCAUUGAAAACACGCAGACAGAAGUUUGAUUCCAGGUGCCAAAUCCACAUCGUCUGUCUCUAUGCUUGUCGGCUGUCAAAGUGCUUUGUAUGAAUAAAGUUUCUCUUGAAUGGGACAGAUUUGUUGACAAAUAAAGAUGAAUUUGAGUCGAGAGUGUUUCAUGGUUCCUGUUUAUAGAAAAACAUGCGGGGAGAUGAAGAGCAAAUGUAUUAUUUCUGGGGGUUUUUUAGAAUGAAGGACAGAUAUUUUUUUUUUCCAAUGAUGGAAGUACCCUGUAUGAAGUACUGCGCCCCCUGGUGGAGUUUAAAUGAUGGUUUUAUUUAUUAAGGG